UCCCCCUCCGCGGGUCCAGUGUAGUGUGCGUGGGCAACCCUCCUCAGGAGUCAGGACUCGGCUUGCGCUGCUCACUGCUCACUGCUCAGUUUCCAGCGAGACGCGCAGGAGCGAGGAGCGUCGUGUCAGUGUGCGCAGAGCCGCGGCCCCACGUGAACCGUCCCACCAGGCAGCACCGCAUCCCCGCCACCCACAAGGGGGUCCCUUGCCACUUGAAUCCCUGCCGUGUGAGGGAGACAGACAGUGUUUGUGUGUGUUUAGGUGUUACAAAGACCCGCUGUCUCAGUGGACCAAAAUUUAUCAAAAAACAAACUAGUGACCCCGAAGAUUAGCCCAUUGUGUUGUUGUCAUCGCCCUGACUCGCCGUGCGUGGGCUCUCUCCUCCUGAUAGUUGUACCGGUUGGCGCCACGCCUUGCGGACCCUCCUGUGCCCGCUGGAGUGUGCUAAUACCUGUCAGUGUGUACCUGUGCAUGCCCCGCCCACAGACUACUCCUGAGGGUGCACAGACACCUCGUGACACCUCACCGAGACCUGCAUUGCGAAACUUCCCUGUGUGCGUCUGUCCCGAGGAACCCUAACUUGUGGACUCGAGGACUCGAGACAUCUUCCUCAUAGUGACUUCGCAAGGGAAGCAUGUGACGAGACCGAAGGUGCAGCAGACGCCCCGAGGAGCGGGCGUGGAUGCGUGGGUGCUUCAGGGCGUGUGCCUGUGAAGCAGCUCAAACCCUGCUGGAUGCCGGUCCUGGACUCCGCCACGCCCCUGCCACACAACAAGCCUCGCAGCGGGAUGUUCAAGUGGAUGAUCUCUGGCCACAAGGGCCACAAGCAGAAGCAGGAGAAGCUGAACAAUGCCUCCGCGGCCACCACCACCACCUCCACCACCACCACCGUCGCUAACAACAACAACAAGAACAGGAACAACUACAGGCAGCAGCAGCAGCAGCAGGAGUUGGCGGGCGAUGAGCCGCACCAGACGCAGCAGAACAACACCAGCAACCUAAACGGCUCGGUGCUGCACAUUCCUGACAACUCGGAGAUAGCAUACAACAACGACAACAACAGCCUCCGCACCAAGCAGAGCAGCGGCAGCAAUACUCCCGACCACCAACAACACCAGCAACAACAGCAGUACAACCCAAAACAUGGCGACGUCAACCACAACACCGACAACCACAGCCCAGCCAACGGAGUGCCAGGUGGCGUAGGGAACGGCACGCCCCCCACCCCGCCCUCUUCCCGCCCGCCGCCCCUUCCCACACACCCGCCGCCGCCCGUCCCGCCGCACGCCCAACUCUUGCCACACCCUCCGAAGCAGCCGCUGCCGCCCCUGCCAGGCCACCAGCAGGAUGAACAUCGGUUUCAGAGGGACGAACACCUGUACCAGCAUGAGGAGGCCAGACACCAGCAGGACUCACCGCCACAGGCACCUGGCACUUGUAUCCUCCCCAGACGAGGCAUUAGCAGGGAGGAGGCAGGAAAUCGCUACAGGUCACCCUCCAACCCUCCCCCGGCCUCCCGCCAGCCUCCUCCCUACUCGAGACACCAGCCUCCUGAUCCCCAGAGGCGACCUCGCGGGCCCUACCAGCCUCCGCCGCCUCCCAAAGCUGACUUAGGUGACCCUCGAGAGUACCGGGAGAGUCGGCCUCGGAACGUGCGGAGCUCCGUCAACCUGGAUGAGCUGAGGGACUGUAGGGAUCGGCGGGACCCUUGGGCCGAUGGCGACCUACGCGGCGGCCCGGAACCUCGCGACGCACAAAAUGAUUCCCACCUCAUGGAUAGGAGGGACACUUGGGGUAAACGACAUUCUGCCAUUGUCCUUCGAGACCAGAGCCAAGAAGACAAAGUGAAGUCACCAUCGCUCACCCUACCCAAACCAGAGACAUGGCUUCCCCCCAACAACAGAUGGUCAACCCGCGAGCCAGACUCUGGCUUCGACUCACUCAAUCUACAAACGGCGGACGAUGGCCAGCGAUGCACAGAACCAGCACAACAGGGACACAGUCGUGCUCCUUUGGUGCUGCCAUCGGAUGCCCCUUACUCCCAGUCCACCGAGGACUUGCUCAAUGCCUCAAGAACCUCCCCGAUGUCCCUCUCUUCUGCCACUGCAUCCACGUCUUCCUCGUCGUCUUCGCCCGUCCAGUACCCGACAAUCAGACCCGCCAAGCAGCCUUGUGUUACCGGCGCCUCCCACACCUCACCCUACUCGCACAACUCCCCUCGCAGCUCGCCUCACCCACCUGGCGGGUCACUACAUGGUGUGGGGCCGCCGCAUCACCAUUCAACACCUGUUGGCCCGCAGCGCACCGCAUCUCCAGAAGGAGCACUGCUGUCUGACAGUGUGUACCCUCAGCACGACACGCAGCCCAGGUAUGCUGAGAUCCAAGACCACUCCGAUCAAAGAGCCAAAGACGAGCGGCUCAACCAUCGACUCUCACGGGAUCUGCGAGAUGUAAGAGAUGUGCGAGAAAAAGGGAACGACAGAGAAAGCAUAGAACUGGCCAGAACAGGGAGGGACAUGAGGGACCUUAGGAACAACGACAACAGAAACAGCCGCGAAAUUAGACAAAACAGAGACAUGAAGUCGAGGGAGUUUCGUGAAACCAGUCUGCCGCGAGACUUCAGAGACACGCGGGAGGUGGCGGCGAGAGGCUUUCGAGAGUUGCCUGUCGAUGUUGACGAGCGAGAUCAAGUGAAGAUCCGGCAAGAUCGUCUUCGAGGACAGCGAGAAGGGCGGCAGAACGGUGAGGGAGGCAAGGAGGUGAGGUUCAGCAGCGACACGAGCGAGAAUCUGCGGGUGCGCGACGCUCCUGCUUACGACCGCCGAGACAGGGACGGGGAUGGCGCCGACGGCCUGCAAGUGAACGACGAACGGCGCCUCUCCUCCCACCAGCGGGACCACCGGGGCCAGCGGGGCGACGGCUGCACCUCCUCCUCGGUGUCGUGGAUGGAAUGGACACAGCAGCUGCAGGCGUAUGUGGCGUGGGUCAACUCGCAGCUAAGGAAAAGAGGCCGACCGCUUAUUUCCGACCUGCGACGCGACCUUCAGAGCGGCGUUGUCUUCGCCGACCUGAUAGAAAUUAUCUCUGGAGAGCGUGUGGCGGGUAUCCAGCGAGAAGAAGAAAGGGAUGGCCACACGCCCCAGGGCAUGAGGGAGAACCUGGACCGCAUCCUGCAGUUCAUGGCGGCCAAGAGGAUCCGUAUGACGCAUAUCACCAGCAAGGAGGUGGCGGAGGGUAAUCUGAAGAGCAUCAUGCGCGUCAUCUUGGCGCUUGCAGCUCACUACAAGCCCCAGAGCGUGAAGGCCGCCUCACCCCACCAGCAGGAUCCGCCGCCCCACGCUCCCAUCUGCGCUCCCACUCAACACCCAUCCACCCACGAUGUAGGUGUGGGUCCUGACGCGCCUUCCGGAGGCCCCGAGAAGACACCAAACUUGAGCGCCAACAGGCGGGCCAUCGUGACGGGCGGGGGCGGCGACGACCCCGGGGGAGUGCCGGGCCUCAGGCGGCACCCCAGCAUGACGGCCGCCCCUGCCACGCCGCGAGACUCUUCGCCGGUGUACGAGAACCUGCCGAGGCGUGUGGCGUCCUCUCGCUGGGCUUACGACUCCCUCAGAGCCUCGCACAAGUUCCAGUGGUCUGGGCCACCAUCCCGCCGCCCCGGACCAUCAUCGGGGCCCAACAGACCCAACCUGGACGAGUCUUCCGAUGACCCACUCAACACCUCCCUCAACACCUCCCUCACCAUCUCCCUCAACACCUCCAUGGAGGGUGAGGUAGAGCCGACCUCGCCCACCCGGGGCUCCUCGGUUGGUCGUCCAGCCGCCCUCAACUUUUGGCAGGACUUGACCACGCGCCGCGACGCUCCCGCCGCCCAGCCCAAGUCUUCGCCCGUGACGCCGGCACAGCCUCCCGCGGACGACGGCGACAACCCCUUCAGAUAUCACACCAUCCACCGCAUGAGCGGGAGACGUAAAUUGCCGCAGAUCCCUGGCGCACCGAGUCCCAGCAAUAGAGUCACCACGCCGCAGGAGCUCCCUGAAAGCCCCAGGGACCCAUCAGAGUCACUGAGUGAACGUGGGGAAGGUAAACCCAUGGGAGGCAGCAACUUGGGAGAGGAGAGUUCUCGAGAACCUGAAGGCCGAAGCCAGAACUCUUCCCCGGCCACCAGCCUGGUCAGGGGCCACACGCUGGAGCAGUGGCCCAGGGAGAAGCCUCAGCAUGACGCCUGGGAGCCCGAGGACCUGAAGAACGUGCUGCGGGACCUGAACAACACCCGCGACCAACUGAUGGCGCUGCAGCAUCUGGAGCUGGACCCUACCUCGAGGGGCGGCCAUGGACCACGAUCGUCAGAACUACUCGAAGCCUCCACUGCCUCGGUGAAACAAGAGCUGCUCCAUCUCUCUCUUGCUCGUCAGGCCCUCGAGGCGGAGAAGGUGGAGUUGACGAGGCUGCUGGAACAGAGGGAGAGCGUCAUCACGGAACUGCGCAAACAAAUGCACCACCGGGACAAGGCCAUGCACACGCAGCGGGCGCAGUUCGAGGACGCCCUCAGAAACGUCCAGAAUGGCAAGCGGGCCGGGGUGUGCGGUGACAGUCCCGGCGGGAGAGGCGGCCCGCGCGAGGAGCUGCACCUGGUCAGGGACGCCAUCGCUUCCCUGAGGAGCAACUUCAGUGGGUCAGGGUGCGGCAUGGGCCAGGCAGCCUCCCUCACUGGGCGUCCACAUGUCCACAGAGAGACGGACCCCAACCAGCACACCCUGGACACCCUCGAGCAGGCCAUCUCCAUCCUCAUCGAGCGGAGCAGCAGCAGCAACAGCAACAACGUCGGAGGGGGAGGAAGCGGCAACGACAAGACUUCUCGGGGCAGCGAGCAGCGGCCUCAGACCAAUGCCUCACCUUCAUUGACACCUGUCCGCCAAAACCGCAGGUGUGCAAGAGGCGUCCACCAAGGUGAUCUACUUCACCGAGAGGACAGUGACGCCCUUCAUGUCCACCAUCAGCAAGCCGCUCGGGGAGAUCCGCCUCAGGGACUUCAAAAACAUGUUCGACAGGCCCGGCCUCUUCCGCUUCCACUUCAAGAGCUACGACCCCGAGUACGGCAUGGUGAAGGAAGAGAUUUUGAAUGACGACGACAUUCUGCCGGGCGUGGAGGGCAAGAUAAUCGCCUGGGUGGAGGAGGACGUCGAGUGACCUGCAACACUCCUAAUAUUGCAGAAAAAUGUUGAACCUUCACAACGAAGACGACGCUCCCAGGCGGGCGGUGGAUUAGGGAUGCAAGCCAACACACCCACACUCACAACACAACCACGAGAACUUACUGUGUGUUUCUGGCCCUGACUGGUCGAUAAUUAGUGCUUCACAUCACUCAACAGAGGGAGUCGUGAGGACGAAGCACUCUAAGCUUCUCUGUGCGUGCUGAGUUGGCAGUGAGUUGUCUCGCCGCCCACGCCGCCCACUUCACUGUUACUCCCGAAGACAAUUAUCUAAGUUCAUCCCCCACUAUCUUAUUCUUGCACAAAACAUAAAAAAUUUAACACGAGCAGAGUUGUUUGUUUAUAUGCAGUCAUUAAUACAGACGCAGAUGCAGACUGAAUCAAUGAAGAUGGAAACAUAAGAAACGAGCUUGCCUCCGCCCCUCGUCUGCCUUGUGCCUGCAGGAUAUCAUCGGUCCGCGGCGUUACCAGCCGGUGGUUCGUUCGCCGAGGCCACUGACUUCUUGAGAUGCUUAGAGGCCUGACACGACGUUAUUUAAUGUUAUGUACAGUUAGAAUUAAGAAUAACAAUUACGUGUACUUAAAAACAGUAGAAUUCAAAGGAAGAAAAUGUAAUUUCACUUGGCCGGAGGAGCAGAGGGAGCUGGACCUUCCGAGGAUAAAUUGGGUCCUCUUGGCCGUAUCCCUACCCCUAAUCUGGAGGACUGUCGGGAUAGGGUCAAUAUAUGAGGAGGGAGCAGAUCUCAACAACUAUCGCAUUUUCCUAUGAAGGCUGCGGCUGCCCACGGACGUCAAGGCAUGGUCCUGCAGGGCUUGUGCCUCUGGGUGCUCACCCUUCAUUGUGUACAUAAUAAUCAUGCCUGUUUUCUCUCAUCGUUAUUCCGGCACUGUUUGGUUUUAACAAAUCUGAUUAUUUUAAAGACACGCCUGACUUCCUCGUCGAAGCCAAAGAUCGAAUAAGGUAAAGUUAUUUAAUCAUUAGAGAUUUGUAGCUCAGCAGCUGGUCACUCCAAAGAUGACAAAAUCCAGUGUUGGUAAUGUCCGAUAUUACGUGAAGAGGACCCGAGUUGUGCGGGUGUACAGCCUCUUCCUCUCAUCUCGUUACCUAGUUGUAAACAGAGUUCGCCGCACCAGAGGGAUGUGUAUACUCGUGUACUUUUCGAACGUGGGCAAAAAAUAACCACGAUUGAAGUACGAGGUUAUUCUGAUGCAUAGAGAUAGUUAUUUAAGCUUGAUCUCCUGCUGUUGCUAGACUGCACACUUUAAUACAAAAAACAUGACCGUUAGCAUGUAAGACUGAUAGGGAUGCUGUAUAUACAUAAACUACAAUUAAUUAAACACUAAAAUAUA